AUGGCUAUUGAAAACACCAACGGCAACUCCAACUUGCACCGGGACAAUGGACCCCAGGUCGCAGUCAUAGGUGCGGGGCUGACAGGCUUGGUUGCUGCACAAGGUCUGAAGAAGGCGAGUUAUCGAGCCUCGCAUGAAUUCAUUCGAGAUGCUGACAGAUACCAGAAUGGAUUCAAUGUAGUCGUAUUCGAGCGCGAUGAAAGUAUCGCAGCCCGGCCCCGCGACUGGUCGAUUCUCAUUGGCUGGGGCAUGGCAACACUCAAAGAGUUGUUACCUGAACAGGUUGUAAAGAACUUCCCUCAAGGGAUUUGCAAUCCGCACCUGGAGUUCAAUGAUUGGGACGAGAGCGUGGUCGGGUACACUGGCGCUACUGGCGAGGUUAUGUUCCAGAAUUCGACUCCCGGUGCGCGGCGGUUCAGCAGACGUCGCCUACGCAAUGUCCUAGCGGAAGGACUUGACGUUCGUUGGGGCAAACAUCUCGAUCGAAUUGUGCCCAGCAGUGCCUCAGCAGAGCUUGUCUUUAGAGAUGGAGACAACUAUGAGGCCGACUACGUCUUGGGGACGGACGGAGUCUCCUCGAAGGUCCGGGAAUUGCUUAUGGGGGUUGAUAAAGCCCGGCCAGUUCCCUCGGGAUACUCCAUUGCCAACUGUGUUUGCAAAUAUGGGAACGCAGAUAAAGUCAAUGCUGUGGUAAAGGCCCAUCCUGUAUGUGCUCUCAUGCUAGGAACGGCGAAUCUAGCUGUUUGUGGCGUCAUGUCCGCGGAGGAUCCGAACGAUGUUGCCAGUUGGGAAUCAUUCUGGGUCAAGGUAUGGCGCGGCCAUUCAGUCAGCCUGAAUGGCCAAGAAGCCAUCGACUAUGCGAAGAAAGACCUAUCAAGCUUCUGUGAGCCGUUCCGGUCUGCCCUAGAAUGGACACCCGAAGGAAGCUCUUGCUAUCUCGACGAAAUGAAGUACUGGCUUCCCAGCCCGUGGGAGACGCAUGACGGCAGAGUUACACUAGCCGGAGAUGCCGCUCACCCUAUGUUGCCUUUCCGAGGUCAGGGACUCCAGCAUGCCAUAGUUGAUGUGCAAAACUAUAUAGACGCGCUAAAAAGACUGAGAGACGCUCAUGACGCGGCUAACCGAAAAGAUACCAUGGCUGCAUACGGCGCCGAUGUCGUUGAGCGGGGCUCUGUGGCUGUUUCCCAGGCUCUGAAGGAGGCUGAGAAUUUGCUGAAUCCGAACACUGUUGGGAAGACGCUCAUGGUCACCCAGGGCCACGGUAGAUCUAUAUGA